AGGAGGAUGACAGCGCGGUGAGCGCUGCUUCUUGUCAAAGUCGCGGCUCUAAAGCGGACCUGCGGGACGCGGCGAGCAACAUGCGUGCGUGCUGGACGAGCCUGCUGUGCGCGCUGGUGUUGUGCAGGAAUGUGGACGCGGCCGGGGAGCUGCGCCUGCAUGUCAAUGAGAGCAACUCUUCCCUCCGCGAUCACGUGGAACAGGAGCCCCUUCAGCAGCAGCAGCAGUCCCUGCCAGGCUCCACAUUCAACCUGAAGGUCCUGGUGGACGACGUGCUGAAUGGCCAGCGUCUGAGCCAGGCGGUGGUGGAGGUCUUUGUCAACUACACGCGGAACAACACGGCUCUAAGUGGCCAGGACGGCAGCGCUUUGCUGCACGUACCCUUCCACUCAGGACUGCCUGUCACGGUCGUAGCCAGCAAGGUUGGCUACAUCUCAACGCUGCUGCACUGUAAGACCAGCAGGGUGCCAAUAUUUUCCUCACUGACGAUGUCACUGACUGGACUGAAUCAAGGAAACAUCUGGCUCUUUGAGGAUUCUGUGCAUAUAACUCACAAAACAAAUGACGUGUCCUCACAGCCCGCUGUCAGGUUUCCCAAGAGCCUCCUGAACCUGACUCACAGCAGCAACAUCACCUCUGUCACAGCCUACCUUACUAUUCUGAAAGCAAGAUCCCAGCAGGAUGGCUCUCUUAACACCCUGGGUAUCACGAGCAGUAAAUCAGGAUACGUCAGCGUGGAGUUAAGACCGGUGGCAGCCGUCAGCGUGCAGCUUUUUUCUGGAGAUACGGAGCUGCACGUGAGCGGGCCCGUAGAGAUCAGCCUCAGCGUUUCUGAUAGCUGUGGACUUCACGCUUCAAAUGUUGUGCCAGCCUGGUUCUUCAACAGAACCCUUGGUGGAUGGAUGAGAAAAGGACUGGGAAAGGUGACUUUGGUAGAUGGGAAACUUGUGUGGAAAUUCACUGCCUCUCACUUGGGCUACUGGAUUGCAGCACCGCUGCCGUCCAACAAAGGUAUUUUUGGACUUGCCAUCACCGUUGACUUUAUCUCCCAUCAUGCAUUGUUCCUGAUGGUUUUCUUGGGAGGAACGCUUCUUGUUGUUUUCUGCAUUCUGGUUGGACUACUAUAUUAUUGCAGAAGGGAGCCCAUCAAGAAGAAAGGAAGAAAAAUCCCAGUAGUGAUGAAAAGGGACCAGACCACAUCUACAUAUACGGACGAAGUCUCUGAAGCAUCUUCAGGGAAUGCCCGCCGAAAAGAUGUCCUGAACCCAGCGUUCACAGAAAUGGGGAAAAACCAACUCACUGCCGCUUUUAUUUCCAUGCACAACAGUGAUGUCCUGGUCAACCCCGGCGCCGUAGCCAUCGCGGUGGAGUGUGAUGAGCUGGAGCUCAAAACCCACCUGAGUGAUCUGGCGUUCAUCCACAGGACUUCGGACCAAGACGGAGCCCCUACGUCUCUCCCAGACAGCCUGUUCUUCUACAACCACCCUAUUGCAAUCCUUCCUGCCCCAGCUUUCUUCCACUUGGAGGAGCGACCGGAGCCGGCCCAGAAAAGCAAGUCGGCCACGCUGCCACGGGCGGGCGCUUUCACCAGCACUGCCACAGAACCAGCGAAUCUAGACAGCUUCACCCAGACUCUGUCUAAGGCUCCCUCCGCCGCCCAGAGCCAGGCGGUGGACACCGACAACCAGCUCGGGGGUUCAGAAGCCGCCCAGGCAGCGAACACCGCCAGCACCGCCAGAGGUUCCUUCAACAUCCCAGAAUCUGCAUCGGUACCAGGGACACUAAAUAAAAUUGGUGGAAGCAGGAACUCGGCACGCAUCCUGUCAGGAUUCUCUAAAAUCCCUUCACCCCAGCCUCCUCGAGCCUGGUUUGUGUCGCUGGAGGGCAAACCCGCGGCCGAGAUCCACCGCGCUGCCACAGACCAGCAGAGGAGACGGAGGCCCAUUGAGAGUCGGGAAACCAGUUUGGACUCGGGGGUGGAUAUGAGCGAGCUGAAUCAGGCCUCUGGCAGGAGGGCAGGAACACUGGACCGAAAUGCCACUUUUGUCAAAAGCACAUCCAACAGUAAGCACACACACCCCAGCAGUGAAAAACAGGAUCAUCCGUGACAAGUGACUUUCUUACGUUAUAGGUCACGUUUACAGUACAAGAUGGGAGCGUGUGUGUUUCUGCUAAAGGAUUUAGCACGGCCUGUACUUUAAAAUACUGUGCAUACAGCAGAAAGCAGAAAAAUUACAAUAAUAUUAGGCAACCGU